UCUUCGUCAUCCACCAUUUCUACAGGCCAUCUUCUCCUCUUUCACCACCAUCAUCCUCUCUAAGUUAAACCAGGCCCUCCAAGAAUCGGCUUUCCUGUCGAAUCGGUGAACUUUGCGAUUUUUUAGCGGAAACGACGGUACCUUAUUUGGAGGCGAACUCAGGGAGCAGAGAAAAGUGUUUAUCGAUUACAGUCCAUCACAGAUCUCCCGAGUUUAAACCAUCAUGGCUUCUUCCCUCUCACUGAAACCGACCAUGAGCAGUCUUGCUGUUCGCCUAUCCCGAUCUUCAACUCGAGCUCCACGCCGGCAACUCCAUAAGUCAACGAGCACGAGCAGCCCUGCUCCUACACGAUCUCGUAGAGCCUCGCUUGAACGGCCUUCCUUUCCUUGCGUCGACCAGCACGCCGCCCGCUCCAACCGCCUCCUUGCAUUUGCUUCACAUCCGCAGCAUCGACCUACUCCGUCUUCCUCCUGUAAUCCAACACUCGGAUCCUCUUCGACAGCCUCGGAUCCAUCUUCUAGCGGUCCAGAACCACCUUACGCCCGACCCUCGCCACAGUCCUAUCAGACCUUCCAUUGCCAGGAGCCUCUUCCUCUGACAUACUACCCGAACGAACCCCUACCCGAAUUCACUCUCGCUUACGAGACAUGGGGCACCCUCUCAGCAAAGAAAGAUAAUGUCAUCCUUCUACACACCGGUCUCUCUGCCUCCUCGCAUGCCGCAUCGACACCGACGAACCCUGCUCCCGGUUGGUGGGAAAAGUUCAUCGGACCCGGCCUUGCACUGGAUACGAACCAGUUUUUCAUCAUCUGCACCAACGUACUUGGCGGGUGCUAUGGCACCACGGGGCCGUCGUCACCGAAUCCGAUGGACAGCGAGGGCAAACCGUACGCGACAAGAUUUCCAGUGGUCAGCAUUUUUGAUAUGGUUAGGGCGCAGUGGAGGUUGUUGGACAGUAUGGGGGUGGACAAGCUAUACGCGAGUGUGGGCUGUUCGAUGGGCGCGAUGCAGAGUUUGGCAACGGGGUGGUUGGAGCCUGGACGGGUUGGGAAAGUGGUCAGCAUCAGUGGAACAGCGAGGAGUACACCGAGUAGUAUUGCGAUGAGGUAUGCCCAGAGGAGUGUUCUCAUGGCGGACCCGAAUUGGAACAACGGAUUUUAUUAUGAUGGUCUCCCACCACACACAGGUCUCAAGCUCGCCCGCCAGAUAGCCACAAUAACGUACCGAUCCGGCCCUGAGUGGGACCUCCGUUUUGGCCGCCAAACUCGCAACCCACCCUCCGUUGACGGCGAAAUCAUACCACCAGCACUCUGCCCCGAUUUUCUCAUCGAGACGUACCUCGAUCACCAAGGAGAACAGUUCUGUCUCAAAUAUGACCCAAACUCGUUGAUCUACGUUUCGAAGGCCAUGGAUCUGUUCGACAUGACGGCUACGUCGCUCGAGGCGCUCAAUCUCGAGUCGAACGAGCCCAGUCCUUCAUCAGGCCCUUCAUUGCUGUCGUCGUCCCCACAUUCCCCACAAUCACCACAUAAACCGGCUUAUCAUACACAUAUCCCGACGCAUUCCAAAAUGCACCCUCCACCAGCGAACCCGCCUCCUUACCUCGCUGAUCUCGCAGAAGGUUUGAGACCCCUGAAGAAUACGCCGGUGCUCGUGCUGGGUGUGCAGAGCGAUAUCUUGUUUACGGUGGAGCAGCAGAGGGAGGUAGCGGAUGCUUUGAGGAUGGGCGGGAAUGAGAGCGUGAGCUAUUAUGAGCUGGGGGGAGUCUGGGGUCAUGAUACCUUCCUGCUGGAUGUGCAGAACGUGGGUGGUGCGAUCAGAGGUUUCUUGUCAUGAGUUGCGUUGUAGUAGUCGCGAUUGUCGUAUAUACACGACCGGAGUCUUGUCUUUUUU